UCCAGAAGGAUCGACUUCACAAGUUAGUACAGGAUCUUCUGUUCAGAAGACCAGUCUUGAGAGAGAAUCAGCUGUCAGGGCUCCUCUUGGCUCUGUCAAAGAAGAAUCAAAAUCACAAGUUAGGAUGGGAUCUUCUCCCCAGAGGACCAGUCUUGAGAGAGAAUCAGCUGCCAGGACUCCUCCAGGCUCUUUCAAAGAAGAAUCAAAAUCACAAGUUAGGAUGGGAUCUUCUCCCCAGAGGACCAGUCUUGAGAGAGAAUCAGCUGCCAGGACUCCUCCAGGCUCUUUCAAAGAAGAAUCAAAAUCACAAGUUAGGAUGGGAUCUUCUGCCCAGAGGACCAGUCUUGAGAGAGAAUCAGCUGCCAGGACUCCUCCAGGCUCUUUCAAAGUCACUCCAGAAGGAUCGACUUCACAAGUUAGUAUGGGAUCUUCUGUUCAGAAGACCAGUCUUGAGAGAGAAUCAGCUGUCAGGGCUCCUCUUGGCUCUCUCAAAGUGACUCCAUGUGGACCAACACCCCAAGGCAGUAUGGACCCUCCUGUCCAGAGAAAUAACUUUGAGAGGGCAUCAGCUGUAAGGGCUCCUCAAAUCUCUGUCCCAGUGACUCCAGAGGGAUUGACAUCACAAACUGGUAUGGGAUCUUCUGUUCAUAGCACCAGUCCUAAGAGAGAAUCAGCUGUCAGAACUCCUCCAGGCUCUGUCAAAGUGACUCCACAUGGAUCAACACCUCAGGGUAGUAUGGAACCUCUUGUUCAAAGGAGUAACUUUGAGAGGGCAUCAGCUAUAAGAGCUCCUCAAAGCUCUGUCCCAGUGAUUCCAGAUGGAUCACCACAAGGCAAUUUGGGAUCUCCUCUCCCUAGGAGCGACCUUGACAGGGCAUCAGCUAACAGGACUCCCCAAAGCUCUGUUCAAGUGACUCCAAAUAGAUCAGCAUCACAAGUCAACAUGGAAUCUCAUGUACAAAGGAGCAACCCAGAAAUGGCAUCUGCUGCCAGGACUCCCCAAUCCUCUGACCAAGAGUCUCCAGAGGGAUCAACAGCACAGAUCAGUGUGGGAUCUCCUAUGCAAAGGAGCUGCUUUAGGGGAGAAUCAGCUGUCACGACUUCUCAAAGUCUUAUUCAAGAUACCAGUAAUAACAACGAACCCUCAAAUUUUAGACGAAAAAAGAAGUGGGGAGGCGUUCGGAAAGUCCUCCAGGUCAGAGUCACAGAUACCAGUGAUAACAACGAAUCCUCAACUUCUGGGAGAAGAAGGAAGUGGAGAAGUGCUCGGAAAGUCCUCCAGGUUAAGGACACAGAUACCAGUGAUAACAAUGAACCCUCAACUUCUGGGAGAAAAGAGAAGUGGAGAAGCACUCGAAAAGUCUUCCAGGUUAGGGACACAGAUGCCAAUAAUAACAAUGAACCCUCAAGUGUUAGGAGAAGAAGGACGUGGAGAAGCACUCGGAAAGUUCUCCAGGUUAGGGACACAGAUACCAAUAAUAACAACGAACCCUCAAGUGUUAGGCGAAAAAGGAAGUGGGGAGAAGUUCGGAAAGUCCGCCAAGUUUGGGUCACAGGUGCCAGUAAUAACAACGAAUCCUCAAGUAUUAGGCGAAAAAGGAAGUGGGGAGGCGUUCGGAAAGUCCGCCAGGUUAGGGACACAGUUUUCAUAAACAUCCAAGAUCCAAAGGUGAAUUUCCAUCUCCCCGAGCUUCCUGUCACCUGUGGGAUGGUAAAGGGCACUUUACAUAAGGAAAAAAUAAAGAAAGGCUCCUCGGAGAAGUGCAUCGAGAUGGCGGACGGGACGUGGCUCACCCCGAGGGAGUUUGAAGUCAAAGGCGGCCGCGAACGCGCCAAGAAUUGGAAGAAAAGCAUCUACUGCGGCGGCUUAACACUGCACAACCUCAUCCAGGACAAACUUCUACCUUGUCCUCCAACUACACGUCACAAGAGAAAAAAGAUGCCCCCUGCAGGUGAACCUAGCAGACAGCUAGAAGCCAAGAAAAGGAUACUUCCAAGUCAGCCUCCAUCUGAUCAGAAUGAAGCUCCACCCCCACCUAAAAGAAGAGGCCGCCAGAGAAAGAUGCAGGUACCAAAAAGGACUCCUUUGAUCCCGUUCUACUUAUCAGCAGUGAGAAGUCAAGUAACUACCCUGGACAGCCGACCAAAGUACCGGGCCCAACUCCAAGCCAGGGAAUGGAUUCAUGUGACAUGCAGAGUAGGCAAGGGGCGUCUGUACAAGAACCGAUUUGCCUCAGCCUAUCGGGGAAAAUGCAUCCAGACAGAGACAGGGUGGUACACCCCAACAGAGUUCUUGGCCAAGGACCCUGAGUUCGAGAUUGCUUCCUGGACCCACAGCAUCUACAGUGGUAGACUAUCUCUCCAGUGCCUCAUUGAGAACAAAAUUUUGAAUCUUCAUGAAAGCGGCUGCAGCUGUGCCAUCUGCAAGGAAGAGGACAUCUUUCCAGAAAAUAGCGAUGUAUGCUUCAUGUGUACAGAUGGAGGUAAACUGUUCUGCUGUGACGCCUGCCCCAGAUCCUUCCAUGGGGACUGUCACAUCCCCGCUGUUUCACAGGAGAAUUGUGCACAGUGGUUCUGCACUUUCUGCAUAUUAAGGAUGAAUAAGGAAAAGAGGAGCUCAGACAAUAAAUCCUGCCAAUUGGAAUCGGAGGUUCUAAAACAGCAGAUGUGCUUUGAGCAGCGGAUGAAAUGUGAGUAUCUCCUGAUGAAAAUGUAUUGCUGCAGAGAAAGCAUGCUCUUUGCUACAGAUCCACGCAAUUUUAAGGCGUAUUCCAAGUGUGUCAGAGAACCCAUGUGGCUGGACCUGAUAAAGAAGCGGCUUAGUGAAGAGACCUAUAAUACAGUACAGGGGUUUGUCCUAGAUAUGCGCCUGAUUUUUAACAACUGCAAGAAAUUUAACAAGGACAACCAGUUUGGUCAUCUGGGAGCAAAGAUGAAGGAAAAGUUUGAGAAGGAUUUCAAAGAAGUCUUUAAUAUUGAGGAAUAAAAUGGAACAACAAAUCUUCCUAUGACUCUUCAUUAGUUAUGAGCCAAUCUAAUGCCAUGUGUUCCUUCCUCCUUGGCUGGAAUUACAAGAUCUGACCUCUCCACUGGCCUUCCUCAUUCUGACCCAUCAGUCAUCAGCUCUACUGAAACCCUAGAAGUCUUCUCUUUCUAUUUCAAUUUGGACUUUUCUGCUUGGUUUAAUAAGCAAUUGUCCCUUCUACCUUCACUUACUGAUUACCUAAUUCAGGCUCAGAAAUAGUGCUCAACAAAUUUCCAACAGAAGAUAAUCUGGAAGACCACAAGAAAAGGUCUGUCCUGAUCUGGUGGGAGGAGGCCAGCACAGGCCAGGAGGCAGAACACUGCUUCCCUUCUAAUCUUGUCUGCAUUAGUUUUGUUUGUACAAAAGUUAACUUGAUAUUGCAAUAUUCUCUUUGGUUUGGUUUUCUUGGGAUCUCUUCAUUUUAGUUCAGUAAUCACGACAAGUACAGACAAGUGUUAAAGUCCAAAUCCUUUAUUAUCUCA